AUGGCGGCACUCUUUACCACUGAACGCCAUGUGAAAUAUUACCUGCGCUGUCUUAAGACCUUCCUGCCGUCUGCCUAUACCUCCAAUGACUCAAAUCGCAUGCUCCUCGCCUACUUCAGUCUCUCUGGAUUAGACGUGUUGGGUGUUCUACAGGCCAAAACAACCCCGGAGGAGAGACAAGCAUACAUCAACUGGCUUUACCAUUGCCAGGUUCCCUCUGGCGGCUUUCGCGGUUUCCCAGGCACAGAUUUUGGAGAAGAAAGACGGACAGCGGACAAUGCAGGGUGGGAUCCGGCCAACGUACCAGCCACAUUCUUUGCUCUUGUGAACCUACUUAUUCUGGGCGAUGAUCUAUCCCGAGUGAGGCGAAGGGAAUGCCUACAGUGGCUUCCUCAGCUACAACGUGCCGAUGGAAGCUUUGGAGAGGUUCUCGGCCCCAAUGCCAGAAUUGAGGGCGAUCGCGACCUGCGGUAUUGUAUGUGCGCAGCUGGUAUACGGUAUAUGUUGCGGGGAAGUAUGAGCAAGGGCGUUGAAGAUGUAAAUGAUAUCGAUGUGCCCGGCUUCAUGUCAUUCAUCCAAGCGUGCCAGGCUUACGAUGGCGGGAUGGCCGAAUCCCCUUUCCGUGAACCCCACAGUGGUCAUACAUAUUGUGCAGUUGGAUCACUAGACUUUCUGCGUCGGGCAGGCACAGACAUCCAAGCGGUUCCCUUGUUGUCGCCGGGCUCGGAGAGGUUUGAGAUGUUGCUUGCAUGGCUGGCCUCGCGACAGACGGGUGAACUCGGCGAGGAGGAGGAAGAGGAAGAUGACGAGGAUGACGAAACCGAAGCAAUUGUACCAGAUACCCAACCGACCGAAGACUUGACAAGGUCGCUGGAAGAGAAAAUCAUCGCACUGCCCGGUCUCACUGCAUUGACCGCCGACUCAAUACCAUGCGCCGGAUUCAAUGGACGGUGUAACAAGUUUGCAGACACCUGCUAUUCGUUUUGGAACGGGGCGACACUAAUGAUGCUAGAUCGAUACUGCGUUAUAGACGAUGUGCGUAACCGACGGUAUCUUCUUGAAAAGGUCCAGCACCUGGUGGGCGGGUUUGGAAAAUCAGUUGGAGACCAUCCCGGUAAGACAGAAAACGCCCAUGACAUCGCAAGUGGCAAAUUACCGUUGCUGACCAAAUUUCUCCUAGAUCUCCUCCACUCCUAUUUUGGCAUGGUAUCAUUAGCUUUCCAGGGCGAAGAGGGAUUGGCGCGUAUCGACCCUGCACUGGUUACAACAGAACGAGUCGUGCAGCACCUUGAGUCCCUUUCGUGGCGGUCAUAG